AUGCGCGCUGUAUCUUCCCAGGGCCUCUUCUCCCCAGCCACCUACCACCACCACCGCCAUCCCUUCAACAUGGACAUCAUCGCACAGGUGGAAGACAGGGACAUUCCCCGCGUUAUUGAUCCCACGGUCGCGGCCUUUGCGCCCCUGUUGAAGGCGAAGAAGAACUUCAUCAGAGAGAUCCCUAUGAAGUCUUUUAAGUAUGGCGAGCUGGAUAGACAUCACUUGGACAUCUAUUACCCCCUGACGAGCUCAUCAGAGAAAACGCCCAUUCUCUUUUUCGUCUACGGAGGUGGAUUUGACACAGGAGAGAGGAGCAUCUCCCCAAAAACAUUCGGUCUCGUCUACGCAUGCCUCGCCGCAUUCUUCGCUCGGCGAGGAUACGUCGUUGUCAUCCCAGACUACCGCCUCGUGCCCAAUGUCGAAUUCCCCGGUCCGGCCGAAGACGUCCGAGACGCCGUCCGCUGGGUCGUCAACAACGCCAACGAACUCGUCUCUUCAGGCUCUCCAGUCCCCGAUCUCGACCAUAUCGUCCUGAUGGGCCAUUCCGCCGGAGCCGUCCACGUCUCUACCAUGCUCUUCUGCCCCAACGUCCUUCCCGCCGACGAUCCUCUUCGACCAAAAAUUGUCGCGGCAGUUCUUGAAUCUCCUCCAUUCGACCUUUCCGCGAUGACGAUGGAGUGGCCGUCGGCGCCUACUCACGCCAAGUACUGGGGUACCUUGGAGAGCGCGAAGGCGAACGACCCUCUGCAUCUCUAUCGCCGGCUUCCGAACGAGGCGGUUGAAAAGCUGCCAAAGAUCUUGAUGGUGGAAGGGGAGUUUGAACCCGAUUUCCUCAUUGAUGCCGGGGAUGUGUUCCGGAAAGAGGUCAAGGAGCGCACUGGCGUGCAGCCAAAGGAAAUUAUUGCCAAGGGACACAACCAUAUCAGUCUUAACUGGGCGUUGAGCACUGGUCAGGGAGAGGACUGGGCGGAGAGGACUGUGGAGUGGCUGAAGGAACUCAAAGACUAA